AUAAAAAGGGUGGGAAUCGGAUUAGGUUCUGCACAGGCAAAAACCCUAGCCUUCGAAAACCCUAAUCCUGAGGCACUGUGAUAUGGCAAGAGCCGUUUCCUCUUCCUGCGCGCGCCUCACAAUGCGCCUCUUCUCCACCACCACCACCACCACCACCACCACCGCUGCGUUCGCCGUUACAUUACCCAAACCCUCGUCACUCUCAGUCUCAACGCGUCGAUUCCUCUUCCCUCUCUCCCAUGCCAUCGUCCCUCCCUCCACCCGCGUCGCCGGAAUCCGGUGCCGUGUCAACCGCGCCGGCGACUCAGCGUACUCGCCGCUGAACUCAGCUUCGUCAUCGUCGUCGUCGUUCAGCGACCGGCCUCCCACGGAGAUGGCGCCGCUCUUUCCCGGCUGCGACUACAACCACUGGCUCAUCGUCAUGGACCAUCCCGGCGGCGAGGGAGCCACCAAGCAACAGAUGAUCGAUUGCUACAUCCAAACCCUCGCCAAGGUUCUCGGAAGCGAGGAGGAAGCUAAGAAGAAGAUUUACAAUGUUUCAUGUGAGAGGUACUUUGGUUUCGGGUGCGAAAUUGAUGAAGAGACUUCUAAUAAGCUCGAAGGGUUGCCUGGAGUUCUGUUUGUGCUACCGGAUUCGUAUGUUGAUCCAGAGAACAAGGACUAUGGCGCUGAAUUAUUUGUGAAUGGAGAGAUCGUUCAGAGAUCACCUGAAAGACAGAGAAGGGUGGAACCACAGCCACAAAGGCAUCAAGACAGACCAAGAUACAAUGAUAGAACAAGGUAUGUCCGGCGUCGAGAAAACACGCAGUGAAGAACCAAUUUGUGACAGGGAGAGGGAUGUGUUGUACAUACUCUAUGAAAGUACUUUGUUACAUGCACUAUUUUAGUCUUGCCUUUUGAGACAUUUGAUAUAUUUCUGGUGGGGGGUAACUCAAAUAAUUGUAGUUGAACUUCUAUGGCUGUAUCAGAUGGACAUCUCGUUGUUAUCAUGUUCAGUAUAAACAUAAUCUUUUACUCUUUUCACGUCA